AUGAAAGAUGGUCUGCACGGCGCUAACCCGCAAGCCCGGCAAGGCCCCGAACAUCAAGAACCUCAGGCCGAUUUCUCUAACCUGCUGCGUCGGCAAGGUCAUGGAGCCCGUCGCGUCAACAUGCUCAACGGGUACCUCGAAGACAACGAGGUUUACACGUACAGCAUGAUAUGCUUCUGCGCCGGACCGUCGACGCAGGAUGCAAUGAAACUAAUCAAGCAUGAGAUUGUGGAUGGGCGUUCGAGAGACGUGAAGGCUCUGCAGGGUCUGGACCUCGAGAAGGCUUUCGGCAACGUGGUCCGCACCUUCAUAGCAAAGACCAUUUUAGGCCUGGAUCUCGGUUCCAGAUUCCACAGCUACGUCUGCUCUUUUCUAACGGACAGCAGGUCCAAGCUUCGCAUUGGGGACUUCCGCUUUCACUAUGUGCCCCAUGGAGGGCGGGGCACUCCUCAGGGCGCCGUCGUCUCCCCCACACUGCUUAACAUCUGCAUGAUUGGUCUUUCCGAGAGGUUGCCACGCGUCGAAGACGUCAAGCACACCCUCUACGCCGACGACAUCACCUUACGGUGCUCAGGCGCCUGCGAGAGAAAAGUCGAAGAAGCCAUGCAGGAGGGAUCGAUGUGA